UUUCAUCGCGGCUGCUGUACGUAAGGAGAUGUAUGCUCUCAGGGUAGUAGUGCCUUCCUAUACAUAAGCCCUCAUCUGCCCGCCCCGUGGUCCCGAUGAGGACCGUUUCCCGAGUCAUCAUCUGCAUCUCCGUCAUCGUGGGACUCUGCUCCGUCCUGGCUGUCUUCUUCCGACCCGACAUCGCCGGGUGGACAGGCUUGAAUAGCACGAUCAUCCUCUCGCAACUCUUCAACAGCAACAUUUCGCUUGCAACCACAGCCACUUCUACUACUCCCACCACUACUAUCACCAAUAGCAACCCUCCCACCACCGCCAACAUGACCACCCCCGCCCUCCUCCCCCGCCUCAUCCGCCAGACCUUCCUAGCAAUCGAGCAGUCCGAGGGCGCCGGCGCGCGCGUGCGCCGCUCCAUCGGCACCCCGCGCCUGCGCCACCUCUCACCCUUCCUCAUGCUCGACCACUUCGCCGUCUCGCCCGGCGCCGGCUUCCCCGACCACCCCCACCGCGGCCAGGAGACCAUCACCUACCUGCUGCGCGGCGGCAUGGAGCACGAGGACUUCGCGGGCAACCGCGGCCGCCUCGGCCCCGGCGACCUGCAGUUCAUGACCGCCGGCCGCGGCAUCGUGCACGCCGAGAUGCCCGCGCUGGACACCGAGGGCGGGGUCAAUGUCGGGUUGCAGCUGUGGGUGGACCUGCCGAAGCGGCUGAAGGCGUGCGAGCCGCGGUACCGGGAUCUGAAGGCUGCCGAGGUGCCCGUGGCGGAGGUCGACGGGGGGAAGGUGCGCGUCAAGGUGAUCAGCGGGCAGAGCCACGGGGUGGACUCGGUCAAGGACCUGGCGUACACGCCCGUGUGGCUGCUGGACGUCGAGAUCCGGCCCGGCGGCCGGAUCGUGCAGCCGCUGCCCGAGGGCUGGAACGCGUUCGCGUACACGCUCGAGGGCGACGUGCUGUUUGGGCCGGAGGAGGGCAAUGGUCAGCGGGCGGUCGGGGAGUUCCAUAACGUCGUGUUCGAGCCCGAGGGCCAGGCCGUGUACGCCGCCGUGGACGAGGGCGCCCCGAAGAGCGCCCGGUUCGUCCUCGUCGCCGGCUUGCCGCUCGACCAGAAGAUCGUCCAGUACGGCCCCUUCGUGCUGACCAGCCAGGAGGAGGUGUACCAGGCGUUUAUGGACUACCAGACCCACUCGAACGGGUUUGAGCGCGCCAACGGGUGGCAGAGCGAGAUUGGGAAGGCCAUGGUGCAUUAGGCGGUCUGGGAGGAGGAAAAUUGGGUGAUACUUGUUGAGUUUAUCGUUGUGUUGGCGAUGGGAAAGUGGU